AUGCAGUCGACGAGACAUCCUCCAGCGUUUCCUGCUUUGCUUCCAGACAGAGCCGUGCCUAUAAAUCGAGAUGAAUUGAAAGGAAAAUUAGAUGAUUUGCUUAUCAAAAAUGCAGAUCUUAAAACAAAAUUAGAGCAGACGACCAGACUAGCUGGAGAAGCGACCAUUUUGAAGGACGAACUAGACAUUGCCAAGGAAGAGGCGCUAACAGCCACUCGUUCUGCUGCAGCAACAGAGCAGUGGCGGCGUCGUGCUGAGGAAGCAACUGAGUUACGUCAGCGUUGUGCACAAUUGGAGGCGGAGAAUGCAGCUUUCAUCAAACGUGUUGAACAGUUGGAACAGGUCUACAUAAUCUUUUGCAUCUAUUUGUCUUUUUAUCCAUCCUUGCCUUAA